CACACCCGUCGGCACAUGUAUAUAAGUGUAGUGAACGCGCUAUUGUUCUGGGAUAUUGUCUUAGGUGUGCUAACUACACACAUUCACCUGUCAACAUUAGGUAUCUGUUCUUCGCUUCAUUAAAUAUUUAUACAGUUCGCUUAAACAGACAGGUAUAUAUCUAUAUACAUUUUCGCGCUGAAUAUCAUACAAAGUUUUAUAUAAAUUAUAAACUUUCCCCGAAGAAAUCGGCUUUUCUUCAUCUACAAUUGACGAUGUAUUUCCUCGACAUAUAUUUGUGGAUUUUGAUGUCACUUCGGUUUGGGAUUUUUACAUUUCUGAUACAAAUCUCCGAGCAGUUGCCUUUGUACGAUUCUCGCCAUAACUUGACCGGGGAGGAGUACGAUCCGGAAGAUGCCAUGUAUGUCAAGGCUGAUGUCGUCCGUUCAAGGUUGUGGCCAAGUCUAGAAAAUGGAGGCUUUGAGACCCAGCCAUUGUCAAUCCAGGACGGCCAGUCAUUUACAGACAAGAUGAGGGUGAUGAGAGCAUUAGCAGGGAUUGAGAGGCGUAUGGAGGAACUGCAUGGUUUAAAACAGCCGGAAAAUAGGAACCUGUUUAGCACAGUAAACUAUGUUUACGAAAUGGACAUUAUUUUGACUCCAUCACAAGCUGAGACGAUCUAUGAGCAUGGAAAGAUAAGACAGAAGAGAAAGAUGUCUGCGAGCAUCACAAGUCUCUGGGAAAUGCCCAUAUACUACUAUUACGCCGGCACUCAUACGCCGCAAAUGGAACAAACAGUAGAAAGCGUAAUAGCCGAAUGGGCCAAUCUGACUUGUCUCAACUUCAGCAGGGCAUCCGGACCGGUCACGUGGGAACAAGGCAACAAAAACAACGUAACGAUCGAAUUCACUCCAAACGGAUGUUGGUCUUAUGUCGGCAAGAAGGAAAAUGCAGACAACGUCCAAAAAGUGUCAGUGGACGGAUGUGUUUACAAAGGACGAAUUGCUCACGAACUAGGUCAUGUGAUUGGGUUUUGGCACGAGCAAGCACGACCUGAUAGGGACGAGCACGUGACUAUUGAGGCACCUAAUAUCAUGGAUAAUAAGCAUGGGGAUUUCGUCCAGUUGACAUGGCAGAAUAUAAAUUCUAAGGGAGUGCCUUAUGACGUCGGCUCAGUGAUGCAUUAUGGGUCAACGGCGUUCUCCAAAGCUGGAAAUCCGACCGUAGUUGCACGGAAAUCUAAUUUACAGCGAGCUUUAGGACAACGUCAUGGACUCUCCUUCUAUGACGUCAAACUGGCUAAUUCUGUCUAUUGUAAAGAUUGUUGUAAUAAUGUUCAAUUGUCUCAGCCUUGUAAAAAUGGUGGCUAUCAGGAUCCUAAAAUAUGUACUAGGUGUCGCUGCCCAGAAGGAUUAUCCGGGGACUUUUGUGAGACUGCAGCUCCCCCUGUCGGACUAUCAUGUGGAGGAAACAUCAACGUGACAUCAACUGUAACAACUAUAGGGUAUUUACAACCUUUUCAAAAAGGACACCAGUGCAAUUGGUAUCUCAAGGCUCCGCCAGGUAUGAAUGUUCACCUUGACCUUGUCGGAGACUUCAUCAAUUUUGACACGUGCUACAAGGAUCACUUUGUUACCUGUGACAGCUUUUUAGAAGUUCGUUAUUCUGCAGAUCUGGCUAAUACUGGCGCAAGAUAUUGCUGUUCGUUAAAAGAAGACCACACUGCCCUAAUAUCUGAAAGCAAUGAUAUGGUGGUCCUUUUGCGUGGCCAUAAUACUGGAUCCGUAGGAUUUAAAGCAAAUAUCUGGGCAGAAUCGUGUGGAGGAUGUUCACUGUUAAAUACAACAGCGAUGACCGCCAGAUAUCGUCCUUGUUACAAGAGUGUGUCACAAACAUGUAGGAAAACUUGGAAAAAGAAACAAUGGGUCAAAUGCAAAAAGUCCUGGUUCUCACCUCGCUCCAAUACUAAUUGCAAUAGAUAUCAGAUGGUUGAUGUGUCACGUGAUGAAACAUGUACGGUUGUUGUGCCAUCUUGUUGUAAUAAUUAUCACUUGGAGGGCAACUUUUGUGUAGCAACAGCUGCAGUCAAGGAUGACGACGCUAUGUCUUCAGAUAUGCCUGCUGCUCCAGGUCCAAGUAAUGACGACAAUGCCACUAAACAUGGCUCGAGUGACGUCAUAAGCUGGUCAACAUGGUCUCCUUGCUCAAAGACGUGUGGCGGUUGUGGAAACAAAACAAGGCACAGAGAGUGUACCAACCAAGAAGCGUGUGGAGGGGAUGACCAUGAGGAAAUUGAAGGAUGUGCAGCAACGCCAUGUGAAACUCCAGUUAUGACAACAUGUACAAGGACUGUGGCAACACAAGGUUUCUGUCCACCCUGGUCUGCGAAUUCAUGUACAAAAUACCGUACGGAAACAUAUACAUGUCCAGACCCCGCUAUGAUGUGCUGCAAGGGAUACGUUCUCCAAGGAGGGCUUUGUGUGUCAGUCAACACGUGAAGAUGAGUAACAUAAAGAUUGUUUAUGUCGUGAUGUAGAUGUUCACCAUGAACCAUAUAGUUUGUAAAGAGUCCCAGUCAACUAGGUGAAUAGUGCUUGGUAAUAAUAACAAAAGUUCCCUUGUGACAUAUCUCAAGUCACCUUAAUGCGUAAAACGUCUCAGAUAUGUUUCUAUGAGUACGAAGAAAUAAUCCAGGUGUUAAGAAAACAUCAUUGAUACGCAUACUACAUACAUAUGUAUCAUAUACAUAUACACUACAGAAGUCAUUUUCCGGAAUCAUACAAACAGGGACAGAAAUAUAAGUACGGUAACAUAUAUACAUAUGUUUAUAUGUGUUUAUGCUGUUUCUUGGAUUAAAGACGCUUUGGCUUUAUUUUAAAAGUCUUACAAAAUUGCCUACGUAUAUAGACAAAAUUGGUUAUUACAUUCAAUGUGUAGGCUAAUAUCUGAUAGCAUAUAUACGUUUUUGUUUGUUUUUGAGUGUGAGUGUGCUGACAUGUCUUCCUACCAUUUCCUUGAACUUAAUAUAUUGGUACUAUAAAUAGCUUGAUAUUAAAUCACGACAUUUUGGAAGUACUAUCUAGGUCUUACUUUCAUGUAUAUUCCCAGUGCAUAUUUCAGAUAUAAAAAAAAACAGCUAAAAACAAUAAAUAAAAAAUGAAAUCCAGCGUGAUUUAUCAAAAUAAUUUGAAUUAACCUUUUAGAAAGAAACCACAUUUCGUACAAAUUCAGGUUUUUCAAAGUUCGUUUUCUGAUUCUGAAUUGUUUUUUAAGCUGGUUUAUCUCAAUUAUGACUUAAAAAUGUCAUGGAAAAUCAAACGAAAAUAUGUUCAGUUCUAUAUUGUAUGGAGGAAGGUGUGUGCGCGAUAAUAUGCUAAUUUAUUUUUGUUUGUUUGUUUUUUAAUAUUUUUUGUCUAUAUUAUUAUUAACUGAUUAUUUAGAUGAACUAUUUCCAAUGAAAAAUACCAUAACGUUUUAAUAUCCAAAGUACAAAAUUCACACGUUUUAUUGGGUGCGUUCUUCUUAAAAAAAUAUGUAUUCUGUUUGUAUAUGUGAUCUUGAGAUAUACAUAUAUGCCGCUUGAACAAUGACAUCAAAAGUACAGCUGCAUGCUACUAGCUUUUCAUUAAAUGAUAUAAGAGAAAAUAUCAAAGUGAAACUGUUAAAAUAUUCUAUACACGAUUCUGAAGUUUCCGUCGGUCUCGCCGAAACAUUACAUAAUACCAAUGUUUGUUUCCAAAUGUUUGUUUUGUAUGCCAGAUAUAUAACACAACAGUUUGUCAGAUGGUUUUACCAUGGUCAAAGUAAUCAUUAUAAUUGUUUUAUUCUUCUUUCUUUGUUUUUCAUGUUCUGAAUAUUGUUUUCGCUGGUCGAAACAUGUUUGCAAUACCCGGUUAAGAAGCGUAGACAAAUGCCUACUAGUCGAAAUCCAUCAGCUAAUGAUAUGUAUAUGCUAUCUUUAAUUGAUUUAGAAAAGGAUGCGGGUCGUCCUAAUACAUACAUAUAUGUUUCUUUAUUUAAUAUAUGUCAUAUUUGUGUCUAACAUUUCUUGCCAAUGUCACUUAGAAAUAAAAAAAAAAAUGAAAUUAAUGUGAAAUUUAUAUUUAAUCCUUAGAAAAUAGAAACUUGAUUUUUGUCAAUUACAUACAAAAAUGGAUGAUAUUUUUUGCUUUAUAAUCAUUUGGAAUGUCCUCGUUCACUGACCCAGUGAAUUAAUAUUCAUGGAGUUUUAUUUCUUAUUGAAAGAACAUACCACUGAAUAUUUUGCAAUACCCACUGUUUGGUACUGCUAGUAUAUAGUCAUCUAGUCAUACUUGAUACUUUUGGCACAACUAAUGUCAAUCGAACUAACUGAAUUUUCAUAUAUCGUCAAAACAAGAAUAGAAAAAAGAAAAAGAAAACAAAAUCGUCAAAUUUAUUACCUGAUUUACUAACAUAGGUAAAAUGUAAACAUGAUUGGGAUUUGACGUUCUGGUCGGUAUUUCAUGAUUCAUGUAAAUUAUGUCGUUUCAGAAGUAAAAUACUUUGUUUUUAUGAUACUUGUGGUUUAAAGUCUUACCCAGGUUGAAACUGUUUUAGCUUAACAGCGCAAGAAGAAUAUAUUGUAUAGUUGGUAAUAUUAGUAGGGAUUUGAUUUUGCUAUAUUCGUUUUUAUUAGAUAUACCGAAAAAAUAGAUAUCCAACGGAUAUCUAUAUGUACUCACAGAUAUGUAAAAUUGCUUACAGCAUAAUGUUUAACAAAGCUUUAAUGCGCGAAAUACCCGCGAACUAUUCCAACACGGGCAACCACGAAAAUGCAAGUCCCGUGAAAAUCAACAACUAUACAGUAUGUUAUAUUUUAAUCAAACAUGAACAAAAAUAUGAUAAAUUCCAGAAAAAAAAUGUAUAAUGUAAGUGAAGUUCGUUUUAUGCAGAUUUAAAUUCGGCUUUAAUUAUUACUUUCUAUGUAACUGAUUUUGAAGCUAUGAAUUCAAUUGAACAUUGGUAUGUUUUAUUUUACUGAUGUGGAACAGAAAUUUUCAAUGCUUGUGAAAUAAAAUUUCAGAUAAUG